AUGUCAGAAAAAAGUUUAGACGCUAUGCCUGCUAGAAGUUGCCCCACAUCUUUCUGGAAUCCAAAAAUGAAGCUUUUGCAUAAUAUGAAAGCAUUUUAUAUGUCAUCAUUUCAAAGAUAUAUAUAUGUUUUUAUUGCUUUUGUUUUUCUUAUGCUCUUAUUUAAUGUACCUAGUAUUGAAGAAAAUACAUAUUCAAGAGAUAUAUUAGAGAAGAGAUUUUUUAGAAAUUUGUAUGAAGAUGAGUUAAUAAGAAAGGAUUCAAGCAAAGUUAACACUAGAGAACAUGGAGGUGAAUCAAAGGUAUUGCAUUUGAGCGAUAUAAUAUCUGAAGUUCUAAAGGAUUCUGGUAUGAGUAGAAGCAAUGUUAGAAGUACUAAUAAGGUUGAUGUUAUUUUUGAUAAGAAAGGUGUGAAACCUAAUGUAUAUGAAAAUAUAGAAGUGGAAGAAGAUCCUAAUGAAAAAGUAAUAUAUUCUGUUGAGAUAUGUAGUAAGCAAGUUAGUGAUUCUAAUAGUGCUGAUAGUAAAAUGAAAUAUGGAGAACAACUAAAUAAUGAUUUUAUGGGGAAUAUAAAUGAACAAGAGUAUAUUACUGGGAAAUUAGGAGUAAGAAGAGGAUUAAAAAUUUAUGAUCGUAAAAAAGAAAUAGAAAAACUAAAAAAUGAAUUAAAAUUUUUAAAUAAACUCAAGUAUGAAAACUUUGAAGAGUAUGCAAAAUAUAAACCAAAAAGAAAGCCAAGUGAAAUAAAUAGCGAUAUAGCUGAAAGAAAAGAAGAAAGAGAGGCUGAUAAUGCAAAACUAUCAAUCUUUGAAAAAGAAAAAUUAGAUAUCGAAGAAACUAAAAAGGAUGAGAAAGUAGCAUUAGAAAAAAGCACUGACAAUAUUAGUAAUAUUAAAUCAAAAGUGGUAGGAAUAAAAGAAAUUGACGAAGAAGGAAUGGAAAGCAUAUCAAAAACGAUUGAUAAUAGUAAAACAUCAGAAGUUGUUGAAGAAAAAAAAACAGAAGAUGUUGAUUCAUUAAACGAAUGUUUAUAUUUUUAUCCAAAUGAUGGUGAUAGUAUGAAUUUAGAAAAUGUGUUAAAACAUAUUAUGGAAUAUGAUAAUUCUGAAAACACAAUAGAUGAUCUAAGUGAAGAGGAAAAUUAUAAUCAAUUAUUUAAUUUAUUAUAUAGGGCUUUCCAGAAUAAGUUUUAUAAUAUAUUUAAAUUACAUGAAAUGUUAUAUCGUGAUUUGAGCAAUGUUUCUAUAUGGGAUGAAUAUGAAUUAGAUUUAUAUAAUGUAAAAGAAAAUGGUUUGUAUACUGAUGAUAAGGAUUUGGAACUAAAUGAAAACAUAUUGUCUUUAAAUUCUAAAAAAAAUGAUGUGAAUACCUUAAGGGAUAUGUGGAAUCAAAUAAAUAGAAAUGAAGAGAAGAAAAUUUCAGUUACAAUAUACCGUUUAAAUUCACUUUAUACGAAUUUAAAAAAUAAAUAUGAUGUACCUGUUUUCCAUUCAACUAAUGAAUUGAAUAAUGCUUAUGGAAAAUUUUUGAUUCAUAUGAAUUAUAUAAAAUCAUAUUUUAAUGGAAUUUUUAAUGAAUGGAUUAAAACUAGUGAAGGGAAUAUCAAAGAAUAUAGAAUUCUUAUAAUCGCAUGUAGAUUAAUAUGGAGAAAAUUAAAGAAAAAUACUUUACAAUCACUUGAACACAUUAUAACCAAAACUUUUGAAAAGAAAAUUAAAGAGCAUGAAUCGUAUAAAAAGUAUCUUGCUCGUUUGUAUAAAGCAAAAUAUCAACAAGAAAAACAUAAUUACUCUUGGAUGAAAUUUCUUGAUGAAUAUAAAGGAGAUGGAAGCAGUUCUUAUGAAAAUAGUAUUACAGAAGCUCCUUAUAUAGGUUAA